AUGCGGUAUUUCCAACUUGCCUGCGGCGCCGCCAUGAGCUCGUCGCCGCCCUCGACGACCGCGGUCCAGACCAAGGCGCCGGCCAAGGUCGUCGACUGCGAUGUCUGCCUCGGCUUCACCAUCUACACAAGUGCCAUGCGCGACGCCAAGGAAGACCCAAAGUGCAUUGGCGUCCUACGCACCAAGUCUGCCCGCAUUGAAGGAGAGUUCACCGAGGUGGGCGGGAAGGACGACGGCCGCCAGAAGCGCCUGGUUGUCGACCAGCAUGUGAAGGCCUUCGUCGCUGGUCUCGCCGAGCAACCCCAUCCGCCGUACAACAAGUCGUUCCGCGACCUCAUCUAUGUUCCAGCCACGGGCUCGUUCCGGUUCACCUUUGUUGGUGUCACGCUCUACUCGAAGAAGACGCUGAGUGGAAACAACAUGGUGCUGCCCAUUUGCCUCGGGUACAGCCGGCUAAAAGUCACACGGGACGAUGCUCCUGUGCCCGACGCUGCGCCUGCCGUGUCGCGCACCCACGCCGCCUUGUCGACCCCAAUUGUACCAGGACCCAGCAUCUUCAACAAGCUUCAAGCUGCCUGCUCGUUCACGGCGAUGGCGAUGUGGAAAUAUGGCCACCGCACGGCCGAUGGUUUUGGCGAGCGCUACGUCCAGUCGAUGGAGCGGCUCGUGGGCAACAUGCACAAGCAAAUCGACUACAUGGCCAAGAUGACUCUCCGCAUUGUGACCUUUGGGGGCAGCCGCAAGUCAAGUGAGUGAGCCGGUCGAUUGAAAACCGAGAACAACUAACUACUACUAUAUAUAAUCGUCUAGC